CUCCGAACACGUGCUUCUCAAAUUCGCGCGUCUGUUCUCUGGCGGGCAGAUCCCAACGGCAGAGCUCCGCUGCUUCGGACAUGUGACAUGUCAGACCCAUGUGCACACUGUGGCAGACUGCGGCUGCCUAUCAAGCAGCGGAAUCCUGAAUCCCGAUCAGACAGCGACAAAGGGCGCGACGCCGUACUGUGAGCCCACGGAGCGAAUCCACAUGCUCGUUGACCCCUGAGUUACGCCUCUCACGGGGCCGAGGGACGCGCAGAGCCGGUGCGCUUUGGCCUGCCUGCUCCCUUUUCAUUCAUGUUCAGGGGCAGUGAGAUCCAGGGCAGAACCGAUUCGGCACUCAAGGUCCAUCUUCUCUUGGUCAGUCAGGGUGGCCGAUGCGGCCGAUGACGACCUCGUUCGUUCAUUCACUCCACCGCCCUGGGAUCCGACCUCGGUCUUGGGCUUUUACUACUCUCUCUGAAAGUUUCGGGCGUACGUCUUCGAUCGAGCUCUUCGGAGUUCGGUCAGUAACAGUUGGGGGCUGGGGUCAGCAACUGCAGCGCUCAUUCUGGUGUGGUAGGGGGGCGGUACAGUCUCUCCAGAGGGGCAAGGGACUGGUCGCCAUGCUAUAGAUGCAUUGCGUUGCAAGGCCACGGAGCCCAGCCUCCCACCAACUUCGCGAUGGGUUACAGAACUGGACUAUAGGAUCCGAGAGCCUCGCUCACUCCUCAGUGUGCAUCUCUGGAGCUCUUAACGAGUAUCUUCGAAUCGCGCGUGCUCGCUGUGGUUGGCUAAUUCUAUAUCGAUUUCUGCACGACCAUAGGUCUCGAUGCACAUGGAACUAACUGACUUCAGAUCCUGGGGCAGACAGUUUGCUACGUUCUUUUGCAAAAGGCGUAGUGUGUUAUGGCGGAGAAUGAUGGGCCCACUGUGGCAUGAUCUCCACGAAGUCAGGAACGUUGCCAGUUGUGACUUCUGAUUUGUCAUAGAAACUGCCAACCCUAGCGUUCCAUGUGACUUUCAUCUGUCUGAGGUCGUACGAGUACUAACCUUGCCGUACAAAGACAGAAGGAAGGGCAUUGCUGACGGAGAGACGAGCACCUGAAUUCGAUAAAGGAUUUUUUGUAUCUUUAUUAAUAAGCUAUUUCUUGAGAGCUCGACACUGGAUCGCUACACCUUUGACAAAUACACAUUCGAAUAGUACACAAACUUCGGCUCGAAAGGAGUACUCUCGCGAGCCAAAAGUAAGAUGCUGAUCCAGUUUUCACGCUCUGGGUACUCUACUCUAAGCUAGUCUGUCUACACUAUGGGGUGAAGCUUUGGGUAAUAUACGUUUGGUCUAUCAUUUCUACACUAGCUACCUCUUUCCCGUUUCAUUCACGUAUAAGUGCGACAAGCUAUGUAUCCUUGCUUUCGAGUCCCUGAUUUGGGAGAUAAAUCGUGGAGGAUCCUCCCUCAUGCCUUCAAUCAUCUCAAUGAAUCGCUUUUCCUGUUUGACGGUAUUUACUUCUGGUACAAAUUUUCACGUAUUAGUCCUGGCAUUCUAUGUCUCUUGAAAGAUAAAAGAAUCCAAAACUCGCUUGUCCUCCACUGUUCGUAACAAUCUCAAUUUGAAAGACCGAACAAAGCUUGAAUCUACCAUCCCUUCCCUCUCUUCAUUCCGGG